UUAAGAGGACUUAGUUUAGCUCACGUCGAUGCGCUUAGAAAACAGCAUUUUCCCAGUCAAGUGAAAUGUCCUUUAAAAUCGUUUGCGUCAUCUCUAUUAACGAAAUAGGCCAGGAGAAUAACAGAAUCUUAGAGGGUCCGCUUAGGCGGUCUCCUUUGACAGAGGGUAGGAGACCGGAGAUGGAAGACCUGCCCACUUCAAGUCUAGUCCUGCCUCGGUCUUCUGUAAUGUCAAUUCAGUUCCUCUGCGAGCUUUUUGUGCAACUUUUGAAAACCAUCUGCUCUGCACAUGAAAUACUUUUUCAGAUCGUGAAAGGUGUCCUAGACUCUGUAGAUUCUAGCCCUCUGGUGGACAGAAGCCCAUCUACAAUCCAAGCAAGCGGACAGGCGAUGCAUCUUGGUAUGAAUUUGUCCGGCUUCGUCCGAAUCAUAUUUCUGUCCCCGUGCUGAAGUCUACAAAACGGACACCUGGAAAUUGUGUGGAAACUGCGCGCGGAUUUAUGAUGGAACAAUCGUUGAUGAUGUCACGAUGACCAGAACUAGUGGGAGAACAAUUUUCACGUAAAUAACAGGGUUCAGCCCCCCUACUAAGCAAUGGCUUUUACCCGCCCCAUCUACUGUACUGAUCCCCCUGCAGUCUUAUCCAAAAAUCUUCCAACGGGGCACCUGUUCCGCGUGUUCCGCGAGUACCACAACAACUCUGUCAUCAUGGAACACUACAAUUUCACCGGCAAGCUCAGCAACGACAAGUACCGAGACGGCCUGAAGCCAGAAGCUAUUUCGUUUCUGAUCAUCUGCCUGCUGAUUGUGCUGGAGAACACCAUCGUUUUAGUCGCCAUUUGGAAGAAUAAAAAGUUCCAUGUACCCAUGUACUACCUGUUGGGCAAUCUGACGUUCUCCGACCUGCUGGCGGGGUUCACCUACAUGGUCAACAUCGUGCUUUCGGGUGCCAAGACGCUCAGACUGACCCCCCUGCUAUGGUUCCUUCGCGAGGGCGGCGUCUUCAUCACCCUGGCUGCCUCCAUCGUCAGCCUCCUGGCCAUUGCCAUCGAGCGCCAUGUCACCAUGGUCAAGAUGAAGCCAUACCAGGGCACCAAGAGGGGACGCAUGUUUGCUCUGAUCGGGGCCAGCUGGCUGCUGUCUGUCUUCCUGGGGGUGUUACCUAUAAUCGGGUGGAACUGCAUAGGCAGCCUGAACAACUGCUCCACGGUGCUGCCGCUUUACGCCAAAAGCUACAUCCUCUUCUGCAUCAGCGUGUUCAGCACGGUGCUCCUGGCCAUCACAGCACUGUAUGUCCACAUCUUCCGGAUCGUGCGCGCCAACACGCAGCGGCUGGGUGCCCUACGCGCUGCUCAGGCCCGUAAAUCCCGCAAGUGCAUGGCACUGCUGAAGACGGUCACCACCGUGCUGGGCGUCUUCAUCGCCUGCUGGCUUCCGCUCUUCGUGCUGCUGCUGAUGGACGUUUGCUGCCCGGCGCGACACUGCAGCAUCCUCUUCAAGGCGGACUACUUCCUGGGCCUGGCUAUGGUGAACUCACUGCUCAACCCCAUCAUCUACACGCUCACCAGCAGGGACAUGCGGAGGGCCAUCCUGCGCCUCCUCUGCGGCCACUGCUUUGUCACCAAGGAGGGCCACAUCAUGAGGAUCGCCCUCCCCUUAUUUGAGUGCAGCACCAGUAAAAUGGAGAUGACCUCUCACCGGCAGGAGGGCUUGGAGACCACCAUCUCCACAGGCAACAUCAACACAUCCCCAGUGAAGGACCCCCAACCCGAAUCACCCAGGGACACGUGCAGGAAAAAGGACAAAUUAGCAGCUUUACAUUCUAUUACGACAAAGGACAGGACUGAAUGUAGACGAAUAAACAAAAUCAUUCCUCCACAAAGGAAAGAAAAUGACCAAGAUCAAUAGAGCAAUAAUUAGCUUGUGUUAUCACUUCACCAUCUCCAUACAUAGCAAAGUAGAGAGUUCACACCUCUAUUUUCUGAUUCAAAUUAGGCAUAAAUGUACACAAAUUUCCAUGCACUUGUACGAAGUACGGUGGCGUCAGCCCUUGAUGCAAAGUUUGAUCUUUUAUUGCAUUACACAGAAUUUUGCAGCAGUUUGUGCCAGAACCAAUUCUAAGAUGUUAGACUCAGUCCCAUGAAGAAACACAGGAUACGAAAACUCCCCUCCCUCAUCCCACACAACUAGAACUUCACCAGAAGUGUGGGGGUUCCCCACCAUACAUUUUGCCAAACUGGGGGGGAUGAAAUAUAUUUGAAAGUACAGGACAAAUCGCCAAAUGGUUUUAGAAAAAAAAAAUAUUUUUCUGGUCUGAGGGGAAAAAAUGGCUAGAUCAGAAUCACCUCUGGUUUCAGUCUUUAUGUUUGGGUGUGUGUUACAAAACUGAAUUACAGCAUUACUCCAUCUGUAUAUUUCCAACAUGAUAUGUAAUGUGGAAUUCGACGUUCCGGAUCCCUGUGUUUGAAUACAACUAGAUAACGCUUAUAACUGUGUAAAUAAAAGUUUUAUCUUUUCGUUCAUAAUAUAUUAUUUUCAUAGUAAAAUAUUUACAAAAUA